GAAACACCCUUGCAUACAAUGUAGCAUUAUGACUGCUGAAACUGUUGGUUGUGAAAGUAACCGCGCUGACCCCGCCUCCUCUGCCUUAACAGGACUCAAUGGGCGUGGUGACUCUCACAAUGUCUUGGAACUCUGAAGAAGCGAGCAAAGCCCUGGUUGGAAUAGGGCAGUCAGUGAAAGAAUGUAACCAAACUGAUAAAGACAGUGCCUGCGAGUGUGAUGCAAGUUGCCCAGAACGCAGAAAAACUGCCACGAUGACUUUCGCCAGCGUCUUAUGGUGGUGAUUAUGCCCAGUGCCGAAACAGUCACGGGAAGAAGUUUAGCAGAAGUGCAGAAAUAUCAGCGAGAUAGAGACAAAGCGAUGGAGCGUAGCGAGGGAGGCUACGUGCUCAGCAUCCCAGUACCGGUGAUGCGUCGCGGGGGCUCGGACACACACCUGGAGCUGGAGCGGAGCACCUCCUCCGCCUCCUCCCACUCCCAGCACCACAACACCUCUUCCUCCUCCCAGCACCACAACACUUCCUCCUCCUCCUCGCCCUACGCCCACCUCCCGGACUUCCGGCGCUCGCGCUCCAGCCUGAGUAGCCUGCAGCAGAAGAUCCUGAAGGUGACGGAGCAGCUGCGCAUCGAGCAGACGGAGCGCGACAAGGACGUGGCCGAGUACCUCAAGCUCAUCAACAGCGCCGACAAGCAGCAGGCCUCGCGCAUACGACAGGUGUUUGAGAAGAAGCACCAGAAGUCCACGCAGACCAUCGCCAACCUGCAGCGCAAGCUGGAGCAGUACCACCGCCGCAUGAAGGACUCGGAGGGCCACCAGCACAGCCACAACUCCUCCAACAACGCCUCCCCUGCCACCUCCCGCCACAACAACUCCACCACGUCAACAGGGGGCAGCAGUAGCACGGGAGCCUCUCCCUCCCUCUCCCACUCCACGCCCAACCAUGCCCCUGGCAGCAAGAUUCGGGACCUGACGGGCAGUGGACGGCACCCGACCCUGGACAAGAUCAAGACCAUCGGGCCUGGCGUCUCCCUCUCACCCCCCUUCUUCUUCAGCAAGCCGCGAGAGUUCGCCAACCUCAUCCGCAACAAGUUUGGCAGCGCCGACAACAUUGCACACCUGAAGACCUCACUGGAGGUGCCCUCGGGCUUCCAGCAGGAGGGCGCGGCCGAGGCCAGCCGAUCGCUAAGCAACAGUGCCAACCUGGUUGACAAGGUUGGAGGGGGCGGGGGUGGCGCCUCCAACAACCCCAGCGAUGACGAGUGUUCCACGGGCACCUCGGUGUCGGCAGACAGCAACGGGAACCCCCUGGGCGGGCCGGGCUCUGGGGUGGGGGCCGGGGGAGGAGGAGAGAGCCUGCACGGGGGCCGCGUGGACCUCCUUCUGGAGGAGAUGCGGGAGAUCAGGGAGGCGCAGGGCAGUCUGGCCCACGACAUGGAGGGCCUGAAGGAGCGCUUCAAGACGGACUACAGCUUCCUCACCGAGACCCUGCAGGAGGAGAGAUACAGGUAUGAGAGGCUAGAGGACCAGCUAAAUGACCUGACGGAGCUGCAUCAGCAUGAGAUGGCUAAUCUGAAGCAGGUGCUGGCCAGCAUUGAGGAGAAGGUGGCCUACCAGGCUAAUGAGAGGGCCAGAGAUCUCACGGAUGCCCUGGAGGCGUGCCAGACGCGGGUGUCGAAGCUGGAGCUGCAGCAGCAGCAGCAGCAGGCCGUCCAAUGGGAGAGCAGCGGGGACGCCCGCGUGCUCCUGGGACGCUGCAUCAACAUCCUGUUAGCGCUGGCCACCGUGGUGCUGGUCUUCGUCUCCACCGCGGCCAAGUUUACGGCGCCCAUGCUGCGUAGCCGCCUACACCUGCUGGCCACCACGCUGGGCCUGCUGCUGCUGGUCUUCUGUUGGAAGCACUGGGACCAGCUGCAGUGUGUGGUAGAGCGCCUCCUGUUGCCAUCCUGAAGGAACUGCAUCCUAGUGGUGGUGGAUGAUUUGUUUUUGGGAAGAACGUUACACACUUGCUAAGAGCUGUGAGUUAAGAUGGCAAGACAAUGAAAGCAACAUUAUCAUUGUUAAUAGAACAUCGUCGUCGUCGUCAUCAUCAAGCAUAACCACUCAGGAAGGAAGCCUACAGUCCUAUAUCUAGGGACCUUCCAAGGACACUUGCCUUAGAGCACCCCCUGCUGCCUGCCAGGGGGAACUGCACCCUUAUAGUGGAUUACUAUUCAAGAGAUGUGUUCAACCCCAGCUAAGGAAGUUCACGGAAAGUGUAGAAAGAACUACGACCUGAUCAACAGAUUAUGAACACUCUUAAAUAGUUUACUGUGUUUUUAUGUGAUUGAUGGCAUGUCCAAAACGAGCAGGUUUCGUCCAAAAAAACAAAUCCUAAGACACUGGGGGACAGCGUUGUGGACGACCGUUCAUCUUGGAUAUGCCAUCAACCAAAUAAGAAAGCAAGAAAUGGUCACUGAGUGGAUGUCUAUAUUCCUUGAUCUGGGAACAAAGAGUUACGAGGGUCGUGAGCAUGUGUAAUGGCAGCCCGGUGAAGGCAACAGCAUCGUUAACUACAUCAUAGUCCUCAUCUAUAAACACUCAGGAAGGAAGCCUUCAGUCCCAUCUAGGGACCUUAAGAGGACUCUUGUUCAAGGACUUAAACGUUGCUUGUAGGAAUGAGGGAACAAAAAUAUUUUUUUGUCACAGAAGGACCAACACUGCAAGAAACAAAAAAAAAUGUAAUGCAAACUCAUCUUUUGUGUUCUACAUUUGUUUUCUAACACCCACAAGAAUUUAUUUUUGUGACAGACACCGCAACACUGCAAGGAAAAAAAAAUGUGAUGCAAACUCAUCCUUGUGUUCUACGUGUGUCUUCUAACACCCUUUUCGUAGUUCUUUUUAAUUUGUUUUCUGUUUCUCUUUGUUUCUUUGUUUCUCAUCUCUGUGUCUGCCUGGAGUUGGGAUGUGUUAUUGUCUAGCACAAGACUGGAGGUGUUUGUACGUACAGUAUGUGUCUGUUUUUAAUUGGACCAGUGGAGACAAGUGCAAUAUCUAUGACUUUUAAGACCUCUUUUUUAUAAAGAAUUUAACAAACGAACAAAAAAAACAUUAGGACCUGUAUGCAUGUUUUUAACCAACUUACUAUCAAACACUUACUGAGGCACAUGAUGGAGAGAGAGAGAGAGAGAGAGGGGGUAUUGAGAUCAGGAUUAGGAUGAGGUGGUGAGGUGGUGUGUAUUCACCAUUGACAGUAAAUUCUAUUUACUCUCAAUGGUAUUCACGCAAGUCCAUUUCCACCUCAGUGGUAGGACAUUGCUUUGGGGCCCAGAUUGUGCUGUGAAGUUAUUAUCUAAUCACCUAUAUCACCUAAUAUGGACACCUACUGGAUACAGGGGAAACCGACAGGGGCUGAUAAAGGGGUCAGUUGUCCAUGGCCCAAGGAUGUGGAGGGGGCCCAGAAUUGAUUCCUUAUUAUAUUGCACAUGUACAGUAUUGGCCAAACGUUUGGACACACCAUGUCAAUUCAACGCAUUCUCUUUAUUUUUGCGGCUAUUUAGAGUACAUUGUAGAUUCUCGCGGAGCCACAGAAAUAAAAUAAUGCAUUGAAUGAGAAGGUGUGUCCAAAUGUUUUGCCUAGACUGUAUGUAUUGACUGGUGGGCCCUUUCAGAUGACUGUCCUGGGUCCAUCCAACAUUAUCACCGGCCCUGGACCUGAUAGUGCUCACCACCACCACAUCACAUUCACUCCAGGAGAAUGACAUGGAAGAAUAGAGCCUAUUGAGUAUACGUUUUGGCUUACUUUUGUCCACUUACAAGACAAACUGUAGAUGAAAACGAUUGGUUAGCAGAGGGAAUGACAGAAAGAACUCUAUAAGACUUUGAAACUCUCUGACCUUGCUCAAUGACAGGGAUUGAAACCACUGGGUAAGUGGCUGUCUGGUGCCUGUUUUUUUUUUUUUUUGGUGAGAAAGAUCUAGGUUUCCAUGGAAACGUUUACUGUGAGACAUUACCUCUCGACUGCUUAUAGCUGUGGAGUAUUUUUAUACAACUGUGGAAAUUCCAAAUAAAAUGCAAGGCUACUUUAUACUAAAUAUGAUGUCUGUUUUGAAUUUUGAACUGGAUUUAUACUUACAUUUGUUGUGCACAUUGUUGGUUAUAGCCAUUAGGCCUACAUAUCUGUUGUAAUUUGCUAUAAACACUUUACAUUGA